AUGAAUAAAGAGAGAUCUACUUCUAGAAAAUUGAAUCAAUCUUUAGACUAUUCUAAUGAGUAGUAACCUUACUCUUCUCGAAGUAAUCAGCCGACCAAUAAUUAGCCCCUUGGAUUCUUCGCUUAAUUGCAGUAAUCAAUCUUCGGGAGUGGCUAAGGGAACUAGAAUGCAAAUCAACAAUUGAACAAAUCCUAGGAUUCAUAUGUACAUUCCCAGUCUCUAUCAAUCUCAGGGGGUAAAUCGAAUGUGCAGAUUUUUAUUGAUAUUUUCUACAAAAACUAUACGAGAGUCUUAGUUCAAGACGAAACAACUGCAGGCGAGAUUGUUAAGAAUCUCAGGUAGAAAUACGCUAAUAGUUAGCCUGGUGUGAUUACUUCUUAGACCACAAAUACCUCAAGUAAAGGCUUGCAUCUAAGUAGCAGUAGUAACUCAAUAGGCUCAAAUUCUUCAAGCAUCGAUAGACACCAGUAUUAUUAGCAGUCAUCUGCAAGCAGUCUAAAUUCAAGCUAAACUAAUGUAAGUGCUUAUGGGAAAGUUGGAUCUUAAAGUAAGAAUCAGAGAAAUGAGGCAUUCAAGGAUGAAUAUGGUCUUUUUCUGAUUAACACCAAGGCUUAGAAUCCGAUGCUCUUCGUCAGAAAACUCAGUCCUUAGGACUAUGUAUUUCGAAUAUAUUUCAAGGCAUUGGACUCAUUCAAGAAAGACGGUGAAGAAAGAUUUAAACUUUGCUUUGUUAAGAACGCCGAUAUUGAGACGCUAAUCAGGUCAAAGGGAGUGUUUUCGAACAUGUAUGAUGAGGAAAAUCAUGUGGUAUCGCAGCUCGGAAAAAGCAUCAUUAACAACAAAACCUAUGAAAGAAAAGGCAAACUCUAUAAAAAGAGUUUGAAUUAGGACGUGUUCAAGGAACGUCUGUUUGUUCUAGAUAAGGAUCAACUAUUCUACUACAAAAAUGAAAAAUAGAAGGAGAAAAAUUUCAAUCUGAUUAUGCUGAGUAACGCUACAAUAUAAAUAAUUCAAAUGACCAAACUGACUAAGUAAAAGUACUGCUUUGAGAUAGAAAAUGAUAACCGAAAGUACAUACUGAGUACUAAGUCUUAGUACGAUCUAGAUCAAUGGGUAUAUGCGAUACAAGGAUAGAUUAGACUAUCAAGAGAUAAUAAAAACAUAGCAGAUGUGAAUCUAUCAAUCGUACAAAAGGAAAAGGAGAUAGCAUAAGUUGAUAUGCUGACAAUUCAGAAGAUAUUUAAGCCUAAGAAUGUUAUCUUUAACCCAACACAGCCAAUAUUACUUGACUUUAUAAAGGAUCCAUUCAUCACUGAGCUCCUGCCUAAUCUUACUAAGUAUGUCAAUUUAGUCUCAGAAAAAGAAUACUAGAGGCAUGCAUUGGAGAAGGCAAAAGACAUUAUUUCAAAUCUAAAAUAAUUGUAAUAAAAAUUGCAGAAAUCUCUCGGGCAUUCUAAUAGCUUUGAUGAAUAUGAAAUCGUAUAAAAGGAAAGAGAAAGUUAAGAAGGCAUUCAACUCCAAAGAUUCCAUUCAACUUAAGUUUAAGUUAAUUAAGCAUAGGAUGACUAUAAGAGGUAUAAAGAUCUAAGACCAGAAUAAAAAAUUCAGCAGAUAUUCUCAAAUGAUGAUUUCUAAUCGAUUGAUGCUGAGUUUUAAAAGAUGAUAGCUGACAGUCAUGAUCAAUCGAAGCCAUUUAUAAUGAACCCAAGACUUUUCAAUAAUAUUCUCUUGAAAAUAAACAGGAUAAUCAAGUACAACUAUUUGGAAGAAUUUUUCCAGAAUAAAAAAAUUGAGCUACUCUCUGUACCGACAUUAAACUUUAAAUAAAAUAUGCCAAAGAUGGAAUUUAAUGCAACUGGAUAAAAUGCAGUGCUAAGAGGAAACAAAAAUAUCAAUAUUUUUGAAAAUAUUUUGAUUAAAAAAGCAUAAAAUCUUCAGAACUCUAGAGCCCCACAAACCUAACUCGACCCAGCCUUCUAAAAUCAACUUAAGAUCUUUCUAACUAAUUUAUAGUAAGAAUAAAAGGUUAGCAGCUAAGCUUAUGAUGACAGAGGCAAUAUGAGUAAUAUAUCUGGUAUUAGUAAGGUAACUAACGAUGAAUUGGUAAGAGUGAAAAAAUGA